AUGCAUGCUAACCUUGCGCGCAGCUGUCCCAAGGGCCUCACGCUCUUGUUCUACUACAUCAAGCUGCUGGAGGCUGAUGAUCGAUCUCCAUCUGUUUUCCGCUUCAUGGACUUGCCAGCCGAGAUGAGGAAUCUUGUAUACGAGCAUCUUCUGAUCAUCCCUUACGAUGAGGAUCCAUCACAAUUCGGCGGUCACUGUCACCCAGCGAUUCUCUCGACCUGCCGUGAGAUACAUGAUGAGGCUACGGACCUGUUGUACACGGAGAACGAGAUCAAGAUGUUUGUGCACGCUGAUUGGAGACGUGAUCACGACGGCGAUGAUCAGACUAAAAAGUUGUUCAAGACCGUCCACGUCCAGAAUCACGGAGAGCACAACAAGGAGAGUACCCCAUUUGAGAUGAUCCCAGAUGGAAUCGCUGCAUGGCCAGACUAUCUUCGACGCGUACGGAAACUGUCCAUCGAGAUCAAUCUGAUCCAAGGCCUUGCUGUCGCGCGCGACCACGGUAGCUGGGAGUUUGUCCAGAAUUGCCUCUCUACGCUCGUGGCUUUUCUAAUGGACGAGCAUUGUCUUAAAUACCUCGACAUUCAUAUCAACUACUCAGCAUGGUCUAAUCGGGGUGCGACCAGUGCACUGCGACAACUUGAGCGCCUGAAGAUUGAUGGUCAUGUCGCUAUCAACGGUGUUGGAAGCUUCGCUCAACUUAUCACCAUGACUAUGAGAACCCCAGAGUUGAAAUACCCCAACAUCAUCAAAGAAACAAACUUCGCUUUCAACAAAGCCGACGUUCUAGUCGAUAUGCUCAAGGGCCAAUACCAGUCUAUCGAUGGCGAGGGUGCUUCUGUCGUGCGAGGCUUGAUUGCAGGCACGAUUAGCAGCAUUAGGAAGCAACGCAAGAUCGUAAUGAGAUCGCUGAGAGCUGAGCCCGAGCCCGGUUACGGCCAUGAUAGCGAUAAGGUGGCCUCAGAGUGUCUUGCAGAGCUACAGAAGAUCUUGACUCUGCAUACAUAA